UUACGGAUUCGAAGUGAAAAUAUAUGUAAGAACCCUUCAAAGAAAGAGUGAUCAUUCAUACAUUUAACGAUUUAAUAAUCAUGUUUUCCUCUUUAUUAUUUGUGUUAGUUCUUUCUUUCGAUUUUGAAAUAAAAAAUACACUUGGCCACAACGUUUUUGAAAAUGUGGCAUAUGGAAAAUACGCAAGUCAAAGCACAGAACUAGUAGGAGGGCAAUUCGUAGCGUCUAAAGCUGUAAACGGCGUUUUUAAUGAUUUCACCCACACAGAUCUUGAAAAAAAUCCAUGGAUUAGAAUCGACCUUGGAAGGAACUAUACGGUUCAUGAAGUAGAAGUGUUUGGAAGAAAAGACUGCUGUGUUGAACGACUUCAUGAUCUCGAUAUAAAAGUUGGCAACGACUUACAUGAAAUGCACCUAUGCGGCCAUUUUUCCGGUUCUUGUACCAGAGCCGGGGAACGGAUCACCGUAUUUUGCCCGUUUAACACAGCCGGUCGAUAUGUAGAGAUACGGAUUGUUGAGGGAUGGAACAACAUUCUGAGUGUUGCAGAAGUCCUUGUGUGGGGACAUUUCUAA